UCUGAUUCUGUCUCCAGCUAGAUUUGAGUUUGAAAGUUUCUUUCUUGGCUGGCGCGUUCCAAGUUCGGACCUUUAAUCUUUGUCCCCUUCUGAUAGUUGAUCCAAAGGAGUAGUUUUUUUAGAAUUUUUUUUAUGAGGGUGGAAAGAAGUUGUGAAGAAGUACCCGUGGUUUUGUGUUGAAGUGGGGUUCCGAUCUGAAGAGGAUGACGAGGGUCAUGCUUCCCUUUAUCUAGCUUAAUACAGUCUUCUCUUUUGUAUGAUUGCCUCUAACUGUCAAAGAGUUAGCACUGUAACCCGGGCAUUAAGCAUUCGUGCAUCCGAUGGUGCCUUCUCGGAUGGUUGGUGGACUGGCACAAUCAUCUUCGAGUUCUGGAAUAUUUUUUCAAGAUGGACAGUCGCAGGUUGCGGGAAAUUCUCAGUUGAGUUCAAAUUUUGGGAACACUUCACAUGCAAUUCCUGGGCAUGCUCGGGCCAACAUGGGGCCACUUCCGGGGGAUGUCAGCAACGCAGUCUUCAAUAGCGUGGCAACUUCAGGACCCAGCAUUGGGGCAAGCUCUUUGGUCACCGAUGCCAAUUCAGGGCUUUCAGGAGGUCCCCAUAUGCAGAGAAGUGCUAGUUUUAAUACAGAUUCUUACAUGCGGUUACCUGCAUCGCCCAUGUCAUUCACGUCUAAUAACAUUAGCAUUACUGGUUCUUCGGUCAUGGAUGGAUCCGCUGUUCCACAAAGCUCCAAUCAGGAUCCGGGUUCACAAGGUCAGCAAAAUCAGCAGCAUCAGGGAGCUACAAGUGCCACGUCUUUACCCACGUCACGGAUGGGGCAAGCACACCUCCCGAGUGGUCCAAGGGUCCCUAAUUCUUUCAUUCAGGAUCCAACCUCUAUUUCUCAGCUACAAAAGAAACCCCGCUUGGAUAUUAAGCAGGAAGAUAUUAUGCAGCAGCAGGUUUUGCAACAGCUGUUACAGAAACAAGAUCCCAUGCAUUUACAGAACCCCAAUCCUCAGUUGCAAGCUCUAAUUCAACAGCAGAGACUGAGACAGCAACAGCAUCGGGAACAACAACAGCUUCUUCAGUCUAUGCCUCCCAUGCAGAGAGUUCAGUUGAUGCAGCAGCAGCAGCAGCAGCAGCAGCAACAGCUAAGACAGCAACUUCUACAACAGGGAAUGCAGCCUGCGUCUGGAAUAAAGCGCCCAUAUGAUGGUGGUGGUGUAUGUUCACGUCGGCUAAUGCAGUACUUGUAUCACCAGAGACAGAGACCUGCUGACAAUACUAUUGCCUAUUGGAGAAAAUUUGUAGCUGAGUAUUACUCUCCACGUGCAAAGAAGAGGUGGUGUCUAUCCUUAUACGAUAAUGUGGGGCAUCAUUCCCUAGGGGUAUUCCCCCAGGCAGCAAUGGACGCAUGGCAGUGUGACAUCUGUGGGUCAAAAUCUGGACGGGGAUUUGAAGCUACUUUUGAGGUGCUCCCCAGACUCAAUGAAAUCAAAUUUGGUAGCGGUGUCAUUGAUGAGCUUCUUUAUCUGGACUUGCCUCGUGAAUGUCGAUUUCCUUCAGGAAUGAUGAUGCUGGAGUAUGCCAAGGCAGUCCAAGAAAGUGUAUAUGAACAACUCCGUGUAGUUCGUGAGGGCCAGCUUCGCAUCAUUUUCACCCCUGAUCUGAAGAUAUUAUCUUGGGAGUUUUGUGCACGCCGUCAUGAAGAACUUCUUCCUCGCAGAUUGGUUGCGCCACAGGUGAAUCAAUUACUGCAAGUUGCACAAAAAUGCCAAAGCACAAUAUCUGAAAGUGGACCUGAUGGCAUUUCUCAACCAGAUAUACAAGCAAAUAGUGUAAUGGUGGUAACGGCUGGACGUCAGCUUGCAAGGAGUUUGGAGUUGCAGUCACUAAACGAUCUGGGCUUUUCAAAAAGAUAUGUCCGGUGUCUACAGAUAGCUGAGGUUGUCAACAGCAUGAAGGAAUUGAUGGAUUUCUGCACCGAACAAAAAGCUGGACCUAUUGAGGGCUUGAAGAAUUUUCCCCGAGACACCUCCACGCCCAAGGUUCAGAUGCAAGAAAUGGAACAGGUGGGUGGUCAUCCUAGUGAUCGCAACACACUCAACAAGCUGAUGUCACUGAAUCCUGGGCUUAAUGGAUCGAUAAGCAAUAACCAACAGCUGGUUGGUCGUGGUGCUCUGACUGGCUCAGCACAGGCUGCUCUUGCUUUGUCUAACUACCAGAAUUUGCUGACGAGACAAAACUCGAUGAACUCAGCACAUAGCUCACAUCAGCAGGAUGCAUCGUCGCCUUUCAGCACAUCCAGCCAGCCUACAACUCCGGGCAUUUUGCCAGGUAGCUUUCAGAAUCAACCAGUCGGCAGCUUCUCUGGUGGCCAAGCUUCUCAACGACAUCAGCUAAUGCAGCAGCAUUUGACAAAUGGAAAUGGCCCAUUGCAUCAACACCAAUCUCUGCCCUCCCAAGGCAGCCAAGCAUUACAACAACAAAUGAUCCAGCAGCUUCUGCAAGAUAUGAGCAAUAAAAAUAAUGGGACAGCUCCACCACAUCAGUCCUUGUCUGCACAGAAUCAAGGUGGCAAUUUGCCAAGGGAUGGUGCUGGCUUUAGGAGUUCCCCGACAAUCAGUGGAGCUGGAAAUGCCCCAGGGAAUAGCACUGGACGGCCUCCUAGCAGAAGCAAUAGUUUUAAUACAUCAAAUGCUGAACCUCCUACUACUGCUGGGAACAGCAUUGGAUUCAGUGAAAAAACGUCGGAUUUGUCCCAGAACCUGCAUCUAUCCGAUGAGUUGGUUCCUGAUGUCGCCCAUGAGUUCUCGGAGAAUGGUUUUUUUAACGAUGAUCUGGACGACAGCAUGAACUUCGACUGGAAGGCGUGACUAACAUAGUAUAUUCUCUGGUAUUAACAAGUCUUGAGCCAAGGAGUGGAAACGGAGAAUGCUGUACAGCUUGUUUCAGUUUACCUUCUUUUUUCUUUCUUUUGUCCCCUGAUUAUGGAACUUGUUGGGCAGUUUCUAGCACAUUAUUCUUUUUCGUUAUAACUUUUGUUUAUUCCUUUCUUAAACUAAUGGGUUUCCAUAUGUGAAACUUCAUGCAACUGUAAUCUAUUGAGUUGAUUCAAGUCCUCAGUCUGCUAUACGAUACGCUACUUGUAACACACACUUUUAAGGAUUAAUUUUGCUUUUGUAAAAUAGAAACUAGUACCAAGUA